UCCAAGCAAAUCCCCCAUCCCGUUCCCCCUCUCUCUUCUCUCCAUCUCCGACGCCCGAUUCCUCAGCCCCGCCUUCAUUUUUCACGAGAAGAAACCUCAUCGACGAGCAACCCAAAACCACAUCCAUUUCAGCCAUCGACACUCUGCUUGCUGACUCGGUCUCUGUCCCCCUCCCCUCCCUCUCUCUCUCUCUCUCUCUCUCUCUCUAGGCGUUCAGACAAGUUGGCAGUAGCAUCCAAACAAGGAAAAGCAGACCCCCCCUUUGUUUAUCGAGGAGAGACAGAGAGAAACCCAAUCACGGGCUCGUCUAGUGCUUUAUCCACUAGUGCACUGUUGCUAGUGUAUGUAUAGACCCAUUAAGAUUCUCCCUGUUGGCAUCCUCCAUAGCAAGCGCCUCAUUCACUGCAGCCUCGUUUUUCUUCCUCCUGUUCCUCGUCCGAUAGCCCAUCGGCAAUCACGGGCUGCUACAAAACAAACGCCUCCCCCCUGUUCAGCACCGCGUCCCAGCCUUAUAUAACCCACGUAUUGCUCGUCUUUCCUCCGUGUCGCGGGGCAUUGCAUUUGUUCAGAGAGUUGCUCUCGGGAGGUCGCGCGCCCUCCCAUGAUGACCCCUGCCCAGAACAGAGCGCCGAAGGUGUCCUCUGUUUUGCUCUGCCUCUGCUGCAUUCAUGCGUUCUUCUCGUGCGCCGUCCGUCUGGUCGCGGGCCAGACGCCCAAGCCGGUAUUCGCCUGCGACGUGGACGGCAACCCGAGCCUCGCCGCCUUCGGGUUCUGCAACACGUCGUGGGGGGUCGAGGCGCGGGUGGCGGACCUGGUGCAGCGGCUCACCCUGCAGGAGAAGGUCGGGUUCCUGGUGAGCGGCGCCGGCAAUGUGGACCGCCUGGGGAUCCCCAAGUACGAGUGGUGGUCGGAGGCGCUGCAUGGGGUGUCGUACGUCGGGCCCGGGACCAAGUUCUCGAGCCCCGUCCCCGGAGCGACCAGCUUCCCCCAGGUGAUCCUGACGGCGGCGUCGUUCAAUGCCACCCUGUUCGAGACCAUCGGGAAGGUGGUUUCGACAGAAGCCCGGGCAAUGCACAAUGUGGGGUUAGCCGGAUUAACGUUUUGGUCCCCAAAUGUCAACAUAUUCAGAGACCCGAGAUGGGGGCGGGGCCAGGAGACUCCGGGGGAAGACCCGCUGCUUUCGAGCAAGUAUGCGGCAGGUUAUGUCCGAGGCCUACAAAAGAGCGACGACGGAAAUGCGGACCGGCUUAAGGUUGCUGCCUGUUGCAAACAUUAUACUGCAUAUGAUGUCGAUAACUGGAAGGGUGUCAAUCGCCUUACCUUCAACGCUGUGGUAACACAACAAGAUUUAGAUGAUACGUUUCAACCGCCAUUCAAGAGUUGUGUCCUUGACGGCAAUGUUGCGAGUGUGAUGUGCUCCUACAACCAGGUUAAUGGUAAGCCGACAUGUGCAGACCCGGACCUUCUUGCUGGGACCAUCCGAGGAAAAUGGAAAUUGAACGGAUACAUCGUUUCGGAUUGCGAUUCGGUGGAAGUUUUGUAUGACAAACAACACUAUACUAAAACACCAGAAGAGGCUGCAGCUAAGGCCAUUUUGGCAGGGUUGGAUCUCAAUUGCGGAUCUUUCCUUGGCCAACACACCGAAGCUGCCGUGAAAGGUGGAUUGUUGAAUGAAUCCGCGGUAGACAAGGCCAUCUCUAAUAAUUUUGCCACGCUGAUGAGGCUCGGGUUCUUUGACGGUGAUCCGAGGAAGCAGUUGUAUGGAAAGCUCGGCCCGGACGACGUGUGCACACCGAGCAACCAGGAGCUGGCCCGCGAAGCUGCAAGGCAAGGGAUUGUGUUGCUUAAGAACACGGCAGGAUCAUUGCCCUUGUCCUCGACCGCCAUAAAGUCCUUGGCGGUGAUUGGACCAAACGCCAAUGUCACGAAGACCAUGAUCGGGAACUACGAAGGCACUCCUUGCAAGUACGUGACGCCUUUGCAAGGCCUAGCAGCCAUCGUUUCGACAAUGUACGUGGCCGGCUGUGCGGAUGUAGGAUGCAGCACGGCCCAGACAGACGACGCGAAGAAAGCUGCGGCUUCGGCAGAUGCAACGGUGCUUGUGAUGGGCGCCGACCAGUCGAUUGAGAGGGAGGAUUUUGACCGGGUCAACCUCAACCUCCCAGGCCAGCAGUCGCUCUUGGUCUCAGAAGUGGCGAACGUGUCGAAGGGGCCUGUGGUCCUCGUGAUCAUGUCUGGGGGAGGGAUGGAUGUAUCCUUCGCCAAGGACAAUGCAAAGAUAACGAGCAUUUUGUGGGUUGGCUACCCCGGCGAAGCCGGCGGCGCUGCAAUGGCGGACGUGAUUUUUGGGGACCAUAAUCCUAGUGGAAGAUUGCCGAUGACGUGGUAUCCGCAAUCAUACGUGGACGCCGUCCCAAUGACAAAUAUGAACAUGAGGCCCGACCCAGCCACGGGCUACCCCGGCAGGACAUACCGCUUCUACACCGGGCCGACUGUGUACUCAUUUGGGGAUGGGCUGAGCUACUCCAGCUUCAGCCACGGUCAAGUCCAAGCGCCACAGCUCGUGUCCGUGCCCUUAGAUGAGGGCCACAUUUGCCACUCGUCGGCAUGCGAAUCGUUGGAAGCCAAGAGCGAAACAUGCUCGAAUCUGGUCUUCGACGUGCAUCUGAACGUCAAGAACGUGGGAAGGUUCAGCGGCAGCCACACGGUGUUCUUGUUCAGCAGCCCUCCAUCGGUGCACAGGUCGCCCCAGAAGCACCUGCUGGGCUUUGAGAAGGUGUUCUUGGCCUCACAAAGUGAGGCGCAAGUGCAGUUCAAGGUCGACGUUUGCAAGGAUCUGAGCGUGGUCGACGAGCUCGGUGGCCGGAAGGUCGCCCUGGGGACGCAUGUCCUCCACGUCGGCGACCUGAAGCAUGCGUUGAGCGUGCAGAUUGGAUCGUCCGGGCUCUCCCUGAGCCCGCCGAGACAUUUCUGAAUAAAGAAAUCAAAGUGAUAAACGUUUGAGAGAUGUUCGCAAGAACUCCCUCUCAACCGAUCGUCAUGUAGCCAAACUGUUCAAAAGCAAAUUGAAGUUUCGACUACCAUGAAGCAACUCACCUUUGUUUUUGAUUUACAUCAUUGAAAAUAAGAAAACACAACAGGCCAAUUUUUAUUAGAGAAGCUGAUGGUAAAAUCAUGAUUGAUGCUUCCCCAUUAAAAUGCUAGAGAUUUAUCAAUACUUUUGUAAAAGUAUUAAUUUGUAUUUGGUUGUAUCAAAGUUACAAUCUAUUCCAAUUAUUUACCAUUA